AUGGCGCUGUGCCCGCGGCCCCUCCGCUGGACUUUCCUGCUCCUCCUGGGUCUCGGCGGCUGCCUCAGCCAGGGGACCCCGCAGCUGCGCUCCACCCGGCCCGGGGUCAGAAGCAAAAAUUGGUGUGCCUACAUAGUGAACAAGAAUGUGACCUGCUCUGUGCUGGAUGGCACUGAGAGUUUUGUUCAAGUUCAGUACAAAUGUGCCUGGAACCAGAUACCCUGCCCACACACUCCAACGUAUCGUACAAGUGUCAGACCUAAAUAUAUAUUAACAUACAAGACAGUAUCAGAAUUGGAGUGGAGGUGUUGCCCCGGAUACAUGGGUGUAGAUUGCAAGGAAGCUACACCACAAAAGCCAAGACUAGCAGUUUACCCAGCAGAGCGACCACCAAAUGAUAUGAAGACAAGCUCGGAUCCUAAUCCAAAGCUAGAACAACAAGAUAUGCAGGAUAAAAAAAUUCAGUUCCUUGAGGACGAAUUGUUCCGCCUUACACAGACUGUGCUAGAGCUUCAGUCCUCCUUAACAGGUGCAAAUGAAAACCUGAAGCAUACUGUGCAAGAAGAUACAAGUCGGAUGCUUGUCUCAUGGUUGAACAACCUUCAUGAUCAUCCAGGGCCUGACAGUACUGUUGAGAGUGGAAAAGAGAAUAUUAACCCAUUUCAAAUCAAAGACCAAAAAGAAUCUGGGAUUGAAAACUUGAAAUCUGAAGGAGAAGGUGGCUUGAAGGCCAAAAAUGACAAGCAGGAAGAACUGAAUGGGAAAACAAAUGGCUAUGAAGAACAAUUAAAACAGCUCCAAGAGGCAGCCCAAGGCCCAACAAUAACAAUGCCUAGCAACCAGCUAUAUCACGUAUACAUAGAUGCUAAGUUUGAAGCUCUGAGACAGGAAAUGUUGGAAGGGUUUGAGAAGAAAAUGGCAGAUCUGAAAAAUUCUUGUGAGUACAAACUGAUGGAUAUUCAGCAACAUUGUGAUGAUCAUGAAGCUAGCUGCUUAGAAAUAAGAGAACUUAUUGGAGAAAAAGAAAAUGACCUGAGAAAAGAUAUAAAACAGCUUCAGAGUCUUAUUCAAGCACCAUCAAACCGGUCAUUUUGUUGCAAUGAUGGUAGAAGUGACGGCUUUGGACAAGAGAUAAAACACUUGGAUGAAAAGAUUGACCGAGUUGCAGAAGCAAACAGAAUUUUAAAUGCUAGGAUAGAUAACGAAAUAAAGCAUAUUUCCAGUCCAUAUUCAGAAGGCAGGUUUGAUGUGAAAUGGGAAGAAGUGGAAGCAAGAAUUAAUGUUACAGAGAAAAAUGCUGAAGAACACUGUUUUUACAUUGAAGAAACUCUUCGUGGUGAAAUAUCUACUGAAGUAGAUGAAGUGAGAGAUUUAUUUGACAAAAAGCUUCAGGCGCUGGAAAACAGACUGGGUGCUACUAUUCUAGAUAUUGCUAAUGUUACAAAUCCAGAUGAGAGAUAUCAUGGUCAAGGACCUGUUUUGCAUAGCAACUCAAGAUCCAGAAAUGAGCAGCUUGCAUCUGAGGUUACUGUUGUAAAGAACAAGCUACAGGACAUUGAAAGUCUUUGCUGGCAGAGAUGUCAGUUUAUACCACAAAACGUGGAGGAUCUCCAGAAAGACAUAGAAAAUUGUAACAGUAAAUAUGAUUUAUUAUUUUUGAAAACCGAGCACAAUUCUGGUCUUUUGAAAUCUUUAAAUGGCUCUUUAAGUGAGAAGUUUAAUUUAAUUAAAGGCAGCCAACGUGAUAUUCAAAAACUUCAGAAGGACUUUCGACUUAUUCACUAUGGUCUGCGUGCCAUUGAUAAAGAUGUAAAAUUCCUUCAGAGUGGUUUGAACAACUGCAAAGAUCAGCUUCUAGGUAUCAAUUCUACUUGUGAAAAGACACAGCUGGGUGUGUUCAGAAAAAUAGAUGAAAUACAGAAAACAAUGGACAAUCAAACAACUCACCCAAGCAACAAUUGUUGUAAUGACUUGAGGGAGAGAAUUGAACAGCUCAAUGAGAAAGUAUUUUAUAACCUGAAUAAAUGUAAAGAGAAAUUUCCCGGUGUCUCAGAUUUGGAGGGUAGAGUGUCCCAUCUUGAGAAAACUUGCAACAAACUGGAUUCUGUGUCUAGCAGCCUUCAAAGGAUAAAGGAGGGAUUAAACAAACAUGUCUCCAGUCUCUGGAACUGUGUCAAUCAUAUGAACAGGACGAUGACAUCCCACUCUAAAGAUAUUUUUGGCCUGAAGAAUUCUGCCCAACAGUUCCAUAGCCAGUUCCAAAAAAUUGCAAUUGACCUUCAGGAUCUAAUGAAAACACAACCUGCUACAUUUGAAAAGCCAUCAGUUCCAUCUUCAAGGAAACCGCAACAAGUGGUCCCCGUGCCACCAGCAGAUCCAAGGAAACCAUUGCAGCCGUCUCAGUCUGAAACGCUUCCGGUACCAUCACAUCCAAGGACUCCGCUACAGCCACAACCAGGAGACCAUAUGCAACCAUCACAACCAAGAACCCCAUUACAGAUUCCAGAAUUCAGAAUACCUUUACAGCCAUCACAUCCUCACGUAAUCAUACAACCACCAUUACAAGGAAUUCCUCUUCAACCGCCAGAUUCUAGAAUUCUUCCCCGGCCAUCAUUACCAGGAUCAAAACCUGGCUCACCUUCCUUGCCUGGAUCAAGUGGGAUAUUUAUGGUAACUGGACAAGCAGGUCCUCCUGGUACUGUUUUAAUGUCAGGAAGAGGACAGCCAAAAAGUAUAGAUGGCCAAGAUGGCCAGAAUAACAUGCUUAUUUCUGAAGGGUAUGCUGGAGCACCAGGUUAUCCAAAACCACCACAACCUCCAUCCACAGCCACAGAAGGAGCAUCUAUUACUUCACUGGUAUCCUUCUCUGCUGGUCUCACCCGGAAACCUUUUCCUGACAAUGUGGGUGUGGUACAUUUUAACAAAGUGCUUGUAAAUGAUGGGAAUCAUUAUAACCCUAACACAGGCAUCUUCACUUCUCCAUAUGAAGGUCGUUAUCUGAUCGCAGCUGUCCUAGCUCCUGAGAGGGAUCAAUACAUAGAGGCUGUGUUGUCUGUUUCCAAUACAAGUGUUGCACAGCUCCACACAGCUGGCUACAGAAGAGAGCUGCUUGAAUAUCACAAGCCACGAAACGGGAAACGGACUUGUGGUGGAACUGGGGCCUUUCAUCUUGUUCUUCAUCUCAAAACUGGAGCUGAAGUAAGCAUUGUAGUUACUGGGGGCAAGCUGGCCUACACAGACUCUGAUGAAAUGUAUUCUACAUUCAGUGGGGUGCUUUUAUACCCUUCAACUUCUCAUGCGUAGGGUACGCUCUGAGGAGAAGGCAGAUAAACUAAUCCUGAAGAAAUUAACUAAUAAAUGAUGAAGUGU